UGGAUGAUAAUGCAUUUGAUUAUGCGUCCCACCCAUCAGCGCAAGUCACGCCGCGAGGGAGGCCCUUCAUUUUCUCUACUUUAACACCAUGGACGAGCUUUAAAGGAGCUUCACCAUGGGCGUGAUAUUCUGAGUUCCCACUCCCACUACUCACUCUACUCUCUGCUAUACUUCCACCUUUAAUUUCCUCCUCCAUUGCCAUCAAUGCCGAAAAGUUUCUGUCUUUUCUUCUUCUUAUUCCUUCUUCUCUCAAGCUUCUUCUGCGCAGAGUCCUCGCCGUACGAAAUAGAGGAGCUGUCAUGGCUGGACGGCGACGACCACGACGACGAAAUCAGCAUGGUCCAGAGCCGCCAUGCAUCCCUCAGAACCUGCGAUUUCUCCGCCGGAAAAUGGGUCUUUGAUCAAUCUUACCCUCUCUACGACCCCGCCCGUUGCCCCUAUCUUAGCACCGCCGUUUCGUGUUCCAAGAACGGCCGCCCUGAUUCCGACUACCAAAAGUGGAAAUGGAAGCCAGACGGCUGCACCAUUCCCAGGUUUGAUGCAUUGGAGUUUCUGGGGAGGAUGAGGAGGAAAAGAAUAAUGCUUGUGGGUGAUUCUAUAAUGAGGAAUCAAUGGGAGUCUCUUGUUUGCUUAGUCCAAUCUGUUAUUCCCACUGCUAGAAAGACUGUCACCUACAAUGGACCUUCCAUGGCUUUCCAUGCUCUGGAUUAUGAGACAUCCGUUGAGUUCUGCUGGGCUCCAUUCCUCGUGGAAUUGAAGCAAGGAGCCGAAAACAAGAGAAUACUGCAUCUUGAUUUGAUAGAAGAGAAUGCGAGGUACUGGAGAGGCUCUGAUGUGCUUGUGUUUGAUUCAGCUCAUUGGUGGACUCAUUCUGAAAACCGGAGCUCGUGGGAUUAUAUUAUGGAGGGUACCAAUUUCUUCAGAUAUAUGAAUCCUAUGGUUGCCUAUGAGAAAGGGCUCAUGACAUGGGCUAAAUGGAUAGACUUAAACGUCGAUCCCAGGAAAAGCCGAGUCUUCUUCAGAAGCAUGUCGCCUAAGCAUAACAGAGAAAAUGGGUGGAAAUGUUUCAACGAGAGGGAGCCUCUGGAGCACUUUAGUCGCCCCCGAGUACCUCAACAACUGGUGGUACUAAAACAGGUGCUGAGAAGGAUGAACUUCCCGGUGUAUUUGCAGGAUAUCAGUACAAUGUCAGCGUUUAGAAGAGACGCUCAUCCCUCUGUUUAUGGUAAAGUCGUGGGUCAAGAAGAGAAGCAGCACCUCCGAGGCUAUAAAUCCGAUUGUAGCCACUGGUGCCUUCCUGGCGUGCCCGAUAUUUGGAAUGAGAUGUUGAAUGCCAUGCUCUAGAGCCUUGUCUCUAAGUGUGAAAUGUCUCAUGCUGUAUAAGCUCUAGGUAUAGGUCAUUGAGAUCUCUUGUCUCAAAAGAUCUGUUGGGAGUUUCUUUUCCCUUUUCUCUUUCUUUCUUUGUGAAAAGUUGUUGACUUGAGUUAAUUGUGGCAUUCUAUGCACUAAUGUUAAUCACAGCUUCACCUUCCAUGAAA